AUGUUAGGUGUUAAACAGCUGGUUAAAUCAUGUCCUAAUCUGACUCACUUAGACCUCAGGUAACUGAUAAUGUUUUGGAUGGUUGUAGGCAGAAUUUUGCUGACACAAUAGUUAAAAAUGUUUGCUUGUUACCAUAUGACUUAGCAAAUAGAAGAAGUCACUGUCAAGCUCAAAAGUUAAAAGAGCUGUUCAACUUAGCAAUUUUCACCAAAAGGAAAUGGCAGUCGUCCAAAACAGUGCAAAAUUGCUGGAUGGCUAAAGUGUUACUAAGCCAAACAUUUGUUCAAUUUUGAGUUUUUUUUUUUAAGAGAAUUACUCCGAGACUGCAGUAUUUUGGUACAUCGGACUAAAAUGUUUUAACCAUUACUAAUUAUUGCCAAACUCUUUUAAUUCUUUGGAGUUAUUGUAACAGCUUGAUCAGGGAUCUAUACAGCUCAUGUUAUGAGGCAAGAAAUGUGACCAAGAUUUGCCUAUUGAUUAUUGGAAUUGAUUAAAUAGAGAAAACAUAUUUUAUUUUUUAUCUAGUGUUCUGUUAUCAGAUGAUAAACAGGAAGAUAAUACAUAAAUAAAUACCUUUUAUUCUUUCUCUUUUUCAGUGAUGCAUUUAAUUUAACAGGAAAAUCCUUGGCACAAAUUCUCAAACUAGGAAAACUUGUUAAAUUGAGUCUUAGUAGAUGUUACAGCAUCCCACCUGCAGCCUUCAGGUAAAAACAAAUAAUUAUUUUAUUUUCAUAUAAUAAACAGUGAAAGCUCUAUUAAGUGGACACCUUCUGGACCUUCCCAAGUGUCCGUCCACUUAAUAGAGGUUUGUGGAAAUUGUGCAAUGUUUAUUAACGAUUGACUUUCAACAGUUACUCUUUACUGUGAACUCCAUACUGUGAUAAAGUUCCAUGUUGUUAAGGAAGCUAAGGAAGCUGUGCUGUACUUUGUGCAAGACUUUCGGUCUAAUCUACAGUUUAUUGACAGCUAAAUGUGUUGAUUUAUGUUUAUUGAUCGACUACAGCACCUAUUUCAAGGACAUAAUCCAAAACUACUAUGGUCAAUUCUGUCCAGUAUUCGCUUAAUAGAGGUUAUUAACAAUAGAAAUUAACCAAAUACAAUUUAUUUUAGUGUCCGCGUCUGCUUAAUAGAGGUGUCUGCUGAAUAGGGGUUCUUAUAAGGGGAAAUAUAAUUUUGGAACCCGGCUUAGUGUACACUUAAUAGAGGUUUGACUGUAUAUAUUUAGCCAAGGCUAAAGGUGAAGCUGCCGUUAAUAGGUUUGUAAUUUACUUAAACAUGAAACUUGUAAACAUUGCAAAGAAAACUACUUGGGGGCGAGUGUGCGAUAAGGAAAAAACUUAAGUAAAUUGUCAUCGGAUAACUAAAAAAAAAAACAAUAACCUCGCUCUGCUGACCCCUGAGCUUGUAGCAAGUUUAUGCCCCCCACAAUACAAACUUUGAGGAGUUAAAUCUGUUAGUUUUCAACAAAUCACUUUUAAACUUGGAUAUCUUUUGGGCUUUUUCAUCGGAGUCAACAGAUUUUCCCUAACUUGUCCUUGAAAAAAGUUGAAAAAAACUGUGGAAAGGUCAAUUUACACAGCAUAAUAAAAGGCACCGCUGAAAAUUCAGAGUUGAAAAUAGGAAGGGGUUAGUUUUGUUACCAGUAUUGAGUUUGUUUAUUUUGUCUUUAUUCAGUGUUGUUUGUUCAAAUGCAUUCUCUGUUUGAUCAAUUCACUGACUUAUACAAAUCAUUUGUUCUCUUCAAUAGUUUGUGCAGUCAGAGUAAAUCACUUAAAUCUUUGGAAAUUUUUGGCUUCCUGAACACAGAGGGAAUUGAGGUCUUAAAGAAAGAACUUCCACGAAUCAACAUCAAUAAGUCACUUUUCUCAUCAAUAGCAAGGCCUGUUGGAUCAUUGUACUUUGGAAGAAUCUGGGAUAUACAGUGUAAAGACUAGCCACAAAAUAGGAUUGAACAUCAAAAACUUUUAUGAGCAUUUAUCGGUGCAUUACUUGUGUUAAGGCUUGUUAAGGUUCUGAUAUACAUGUUGGUGUUUUACAUGUAAAGUCAGUUUUAGCUUUUGAAUUUUUAUUACGUCAAAGAAAAGAAC